UCAGAAAGCAAAAAACAUUAAAGAAAACAAAUAAUGCAUCAAAAACAGGUUACCUUAGCGAUUCGUUGUUCAUUCUUCACUGAAACGGUUCUUUAACUGUUUCUCCUGUUCAAUCCAUUCCAAUUCUCCAAUCCUUUUUUUUUUUUUUUUGGUUAAUUUCGACUUCAGCAACGUUUUCAAACGGAGAAUUCCACUCGGAGGAAAAGACGAAAUCUGUUGCUUCUUUUCUCUUCUUAUUUUGUUGUUUUCUGAGCCCUCGUCGCUGUUCGAAGUUUCAGAUAUUCAGUGCAUUUUGCGGUGAAUUUUAAAGCGAAUCGCUCAGGUUUUGGGGUGGGCCGGCCGUUUUCUGUGGCCUGAAUCAUCUGGAGAUGAGAUUUCGGCGGGUUUUGCUUGGAUUCAGGUCGAUUUCGGCAAUUGUUCGUCUCUGAUUUCACUGAGAUCUCCGCAAAUGGAACCUCCGAGGGGGUUUUUGUCUUGGUUAUGGAACUUCAUUUGCUUCAUUCCCUUCUUUCUCGGCCUUCUGCUUUUGGGCGCCAUUAAAGGUGUCAUUCUGUGCCCUCUGAUAUGUCUCCUUAUGGUAGCUGGAAUCUCUGGUAUCAUAUUAGGUCUUUGGCCAAUGCACUGUUUCUGGACAUAUUAUAGCAUUCUGAGUGCUCAACAACUAGGGCCUGUUUUAAAAAUUUUUCUCUGCUUUGGAGCACUACCCAUUCCCUUGAUUUUGUGGCCAGUGGUCGGUAUAGUUGCAAGUAUCGUUGGCGGAGCUGCAUAUGGAUUUUUUUCACCAGUACUUGGUACAUUUGAUGCUGUUGGAGAAUCAAAGACCAAUCAAUUGUUUCAUUGCUUCUAUGAUGGAACUUGGGACACUGUUAAAGGAUGUUUCACAGUUAUUCGGGAUUUUGCAGACUGUUGCUUCCAUUCCUAUUUAUCAUUUAUGCAGGACCUACGACAAAGAGAACCUCCAAACGGGGAACACUAUGAGAUAAGGUUGCUCUAUCUCCCGGGUGCUUUAGUAGCCGGGAUUCUUGGUAUCAUUGUCGAUGUGUUCAUGAUCUCAUUUAUAGCCAUAUACAAAGGUCCUAUUAUGCUUUUUAAAGGGUGGAAUCGCUUGUUUCAUGACCUUAUAGGUCGAGAAGGUCCCUUUUUAGAGACGAUAUGCGUUCCAUUCGCUGGUCUUAUUAUUCUACUUUGGCCAUUGGCUGUUGUUGGUUCAGUAUUGGGCUCCAUUGCCUCCAGUCUCUUCUUAGGUGCCUAUGCCGGGAUUGUUGCUUAUCAGGAAUCUUCUUUUGUUUUGGGGCUUCAAUAUAUUGUGGCAUCCUUGUCGAUUUAUGAUGAAUAUAGCAAUGACGUUCUUGACAUGCAAGAGGGAUCGUGCUUUCCCAGGCUGAAUUAUCGAAGAGAUGGCCAAUCAUCAGUAGAUGGCUUGCAUACAACUUCACUCUCGAGACGAAGCUCUUUUCAUGAUCCUCCUUCACGCAUGAAUUCACUCAAAGAACCUAUGAUCGAUCUGAAGCCACUUGAGCUGCUUGAUAGCUUGUUUAAGGAGUGUCAGUGCCACGGAGAAAAUAUGGUUUGUGAAGGAACAAUAAUGUCAACCGAUAUCGAAGAUGCAAAAUCGAGCAAAGGCAGCAAAGUUAUUAGCAUUGGUUUACCAGCGUUUUGCAUUCUUCAAACACUAUUGCGUUCUGCAAAAGCAAAUUCAGCUGGAUUGUUGUUAAGUGACAAUGUUACUGAAAUUUCAAGCACAAAUAGGCCUAAAGAUACCUUCUUUGAUUGGUUUCUUAAUCCGCUUUUGAUCAUCAAGGACCAAAUUAGAGCAGAAAACCUUUCCGAGUCGGAAGAGGAAUAUUUGUAUAGAUUAGUUCUGUUGAGUGGUGAUCCUGAGAGGUUGAAGAAUUCUACUACCGUAACGCCUCCAGAAUCUGAGCGAAGACAAGCCGAACUCGAAGCAUUAGCUCGAAGGCUCCGAGGAAUCACUAAAUCCAUCUCAAGGUAUCCGACCUUCAGGCGUCGUUUUGAUUGCCUUGUAAAGAAGUUAUCUGAAGAACUUUCGAAGAAAACGGGUUCUUGCAAGUCAACUAAUGGAAGUAGGUCGUUGUCAAGGUCAAGAAGUGCAUUUGCUAGAAUGUUUAGUAUGAAGUCUUCAAAUGGCAAAACUAGCUACAGUGGGACCGAGAGAGAACCUCAACCAGAUGAAAGAGAUGUAGAAAUUGCUUAGGGAGGAGAGAAGAUCUUUAGUCGGGUCGAAACUUUUGUAAUUUUUUAGUUAUUUUCCAAGUGUCAUAUUGAUGGUGAUAAAUGUAUGCCUUUGUUUUGAAGUAUAUAAUAUAUAUAUUUAUAUAUAGGUCUGAUGAUCCUACAUGAAAGAGACCGAGAUUGCAAUUCAA